CGCUGGUUACGACAACGAAAAAUUGCAACUCCUGCAUUUAAUCGUGCACUUAGUCCUGAAAUAGUUUACGAAUGCGCUAAUGACUUUAUAGGUUUAUUAAACAAAUUGACGGAUAUUCCGAUAGAUGCGUUCUCAUUAAUGCAACGCGUCACUAUUCAAGCUUUAGGAAAAUUUGCUUUUGCAUAUGAUAUGAAAGUUA